CGCAUACAUAAAUAUCAGAAUGUCAGCCUCUCCUAUUGUUGAAAUUGCUCGUUCUGCUCGACUUGCUUCAGUCAGUCUUCAGUCAGUCACUGACACUCAAAAAAAUGAAGCCCUUUUAAAGAUUAAGCAAGUUUUAAGUGAUCGUAGAGAAGAAAUUUUUAAAGCUAAUGAAGAAGACAAGAAAAUCGCAGAAGAAUUAGUUAAAGCUGGCAAGCUUUCAGCUUCUCUUUAUAAGCGUUUAGAUGUUUGUCAAAAUGAUAAGUUUGAUACCAUUCUUUCAGGUGUUAGUGACAUUGCUGAAUUACCUGAUCCUACAAAGAAGAUUACAUUAGCAACAAAACUAGACGAAGGUUUAGAAUUAUAUCGUUUGACAGUUCCUGUUGGUGUCUUGUUAACUAUCUUUGAAGCUCGUCCUGAGGUUGUGGUAAAUAUCUCUUGCUUAGCCCUUAAGUCAGGUAAUGCUGUUAUCUUGAAAGGUGGUAAAGAAGCAACACAUACAAAUGCUGCUUUGGCCCGCGUUAUUCAAGAUGCUUUAGCAAGCUUGCCUGCUACUAAUGGUAUUCCUAAGGAAGCUGUUCAAAUUGUUGAAACUCGUGAAGAUAUUAAUGCAUUAUUGGAUUUGGAUCGUUAUAUUGAUUUAGUUGUUCCUAGAGGAAGUAAUAGUUUAGUUAAAUAUAUUCAGAACAAUACUAGAAUUCCUGUUCUUGGACAUGCUGAUGGUAUUUGCUCUGUGUAUAUUGAUAAAGAGGCUGAUAUCGAAAAAGCCGUUAAAAUUGUUGUAGAUGCUAAGACAAAUUAUACAGCCGCUUGUAAUGCUGCAGAAACUUUAUUAGUGAAUGAAUCCUUAUUAUCAAAUGGGGAAUUUAUUAAGGUGGCUUUAGCUCUUUUAGAUGCAGGUGUUACCCUUAAGUGCGAAAAGAAUAUUCAAGAAGUUUUACUCAAGUCAGAUGCUAUUUCUCAAGAAUAUAAACAAAACAAGAUUAAAGAGGCUGUAGAGGAAGAUUUUUAUACUGAGUUUUUAGAUUUAAUUAUGGCUGUCAAGUCAGUAUCUGAUGUUGAAGCUGCAGUUGUUCACAUUAAUGAACAUGGAUCAAAGCAUACAGAUGCAAUUGUUACUGAAAAUAAAGAAACUGCAGAUUAUUUCAUGACACGUGUUGAUGCUGCUGGUUGUUACUGGAAUGCAAGUACUCGUUUUGCUGAUGGCUUCCGUUAUGGCUUUGGUGCUGAAGUAGGUGUAAGUACUAAUAAGACACAUGCUCGUGGUCCUGUUGGUUUAGAGGGCUUAGUUAUUUAUAAAUAUAAGCUUCUUGGACAUGGUCAAGGUGCUGGUGAUUAUGGAUCUGGAAAGAAGCAAUAUAAACACGAAACAAUUGAGCCUGCCCAAUAUAAGUUGUAAAAAAAAAAAAAAAAAAAAAAAAAAAAAA